AUGAAGCUCGUUCCAACGAAGUCGUCGCAGGACAUUGGCGAAGAUGCCGUUACCUUGCUGCCCGAAGACUCUGAGGACAUGUGGCACGCCUACAACCUCAUUAGCCCCGGCGACCUUGUCAUGGCUCAUGCCGUGAGAAAGGUCGUCCAAGAGACGAAAACCGGCAGUACCGUUUCUGAGCGAGUGCACACCGUCCUGGCUAUUCAGGUCAAGAGCACCUUCUUCGACCCUAUUGUCGGCCAACUCCAAGUCAGUGGAAUUGUCAAGUCCGAAAACGCCUACGUCAGUCUCGGUCAACACCACACCCUCGACCUCGAGAUCUCGCGCCCCUUCACAAUAAGCAAGCCCGAGGGCUGGGACUCGGUUGCAAAAGAGACAUUGUCCGAGAGUCUGUCCGAUGACAAGGAUGGCGCCAUGGCUGCCGUCGUCAUGCAGGAGGGUAUCGCCAACAUCUGUCUAAUCAGCCAGUUCCGUACCGUUGUCAAGCAACGCAUCGAAAGCAUCAUCCCCAAGAAGCGAAGCGCCGCCUCCGAGACGUCACAGGGCAUGAAGCGCUUCUUUGACAAGACACUCACCGCCCUUCUCCGAACUGUCAACUUCGACCAGCCCAGACCGCUACUGCUCGCUAGCCCAGGAUUCAUCGCCGCCGACUUUAAAAAGUACAUUGCGGACGAGGGACGCGACAAGUCGGACAAGAAGCUGUCGGCGAUUGCCAGGGAGGCCACCGUCAUCCACACAAACUCGGGUCACGUUCACAGUCUCAACGAAGUGCUCAAGAGCCCCGAGAUGGGCACCAAAUUGAAGGAUUUCAAGUUUACCAAAGAAACAAAGUUGAUGGACCAGUUCUUUGACAGAUUGCGACUAGAAGACGGGCGCGCAUGGUACGGAGCAUCAUCAGUCGCCAAGGCUGUUAACGAGGGUGCCAUCGGCCCGGGUGGUGGUGUCCUCAUUAUGAACAACUCCCUCUUCCGCAGCUCCGACAUUCCGACAAGGAAAAAGUAUGUGGCCAUGGUUGACAAGGUCAAGGCAGAUGGUGGUGAGGUCAGAAUUCUCAGCAGCGACCACGAGAGCGGUCAACGACUCGACAUGUUGGGUAGUGUUGCUGCCAUCCUUUCAUAUCCCAUCCACGACCUGGACGACGAGGACGAAGAUGGUGCAGCAACAGGCGGUGAUGCGGGAGAAGAGACGAUUAUAUGA